GUGGGUGGCUCGGGCUUUGUUUAUCUUGUUUUUUUUCCCUCCAUCCCUCCUGCAUUCCUUCGCCACCUCAUCAUUCAUUCGGACCUGCUAUACCCCGGAUUUUCAGCCUCCAGUCGCACCAACGACUACUAUUUCUUGCAUGAAUUUUUGGUGAAUGCACGGCUCUCUUGGCACCAAGCAGUAAAUUUCCAGUUUAGGGAAUCCUCGUGAUUUUUUUUGCUGAUGAUGCUUUCGUGGCUUCUUUGGGAGGGUCUAUAAUGUUGAUCUGGACAACUUGACUUCAAUCCAUGAACAUACACACAUAAACGAAUAUCUAUCACGUUGCUUCAUACAGUCCCAAGAAUCAUCGCGCUCAUGACAAAUCCAACGGUGCCCAACCGGGGCCUGGUGGUAUUUUCUGGCGGAAGUGCGGCCAACAACCUGGUGGACGUCUUCGACUCGGUGCGAGAGACCAAGAACUGUCCAUUGAGUUAUAUCAUCCCCAUUAGCGACAAUGGCGGUUCUUCCUCAGAGCUGAUCCGCAUCUUUGGUGGGCCUGGAAUCGGUGAUGUACGCAGUCGACUGGUCCGGCUGAUCCCAGAAUCGCCGCCUCACUCGGAACGAGCAGCCAUCAAAACACUCUUCAACCACCGACUCUCCGCGGACGCCGUGCAGGCCCAUGCUGAAUGGUACUCCAUCGUGGACGGCACCUCGACGAUCUGGAAACUGAUCACCCCCGCCAAAAAGGAGCUGAUCCGCUCCUUCUUCAACCUGCUGAACCUGGAGAUCCUCAAGCGCGCCCGCCCCCCGUCAUCCACCUUUGACUUCACCUCCGCCAGCGUGGGCAACCUGUUCCUGACGGGCGCGCGGCUGUUCAGCGGCAGCUUCGAGAGCGCCAUCUACCUUCUGGGCAGUAUCUGCGGGGUCCCCUCCGACCUGGUGCGAGUGAUCCCCGCGAUCAACUCCAACUUCUCGCACCACAUCUCCGCCUCCCUCGCCGACGGGACCAUUAUCGUCGGCCAGAACAGCAUCUCGCACCCCAGCGAGGCCACAGCCCUCCGCCCGCGCUCCCGCCGGCCCAGUCUCUUACUUGCGGACGGUGACGGCGGAAGCAGCAGCGACGGCAACAGCAGCGACGAAGGCCUCCUUGAAGACACCAACAACCUCCACAAACAAUAUCAAGAUUACGGAGAUGAAGACGACCACCCGCCCGGCUCCCUCCCCACCCUCCGCAACAAGAACAUCUCCUUCAGCAAAUCCGACAACGAGGACCUCCCCUCCCGCAUCACCCGCAUCUGGUACAUCAACCCCUACGGCCAGGAGAUCCGCCCGCCCGCCAACCCGCGCGUCAUCGAGGCCCUGCAAGACGCCCAGGCCAUCGUCUACAGCAUCGGCUCCCUGUACACCUCCCUCAUCCCCUCGCUGAUUCUCCGCGGCGUCGGCCACGCCAUCGCCACCGGACCCGCCCGCCACAAGAUCCUGGUGCUCAAUGGCUCCCUUGAUCGGGAAACGGGGCCCCCCUCCGCGGCGUUCACGGCGGUGGAUUUUGUCGAGGCGAUCACUCGUGCCGGGGAGGAGAGCCGGGGGCGCAAUGGUGGUGGUGCUGUGGACCCGGACCCUGCUCAAGCCGGGGAUAAGGAUCUCCACCCCUCGCCGCUGCCGUAUACCUCCUACGUGACGCAUGUGCUGCACCUCGAAGGGCCAGGCACACCCGCGGUGGACAAGUACCGGCUCGCGGCGAUGGGAAUUGAAACCCUUCGGCUCUACGGACGCAAGAUCACGAGUACCGGUGCGGACGGCGGAGAGGUCGCCGUCGGGAUGAAGUAUGAUGCCACGGCGUUGAUCCAGGCCCUGGAAGUAGUUCUGGGUAGGAAAGGGGACGCGAUGUUGCGCGGAGGGGAGAAUAAUGGGCUGAGUAGGCGGAAUACUCUGGACCCGGGGAGGAAGAAAACCUAAGUGAAGGACUGACUUGUAAAAUGAUCUAGAUGGGGC